GAUAUUUUUUGCCAACCAAAGAUGGGAAGGCCACUUUGUGCUACACAAGGCUAGUUUUCACGGCGAAUUUUGGUUUUUAUUGGUUCAGGCGCUGUUUCGCUGUUUCUGGCGAUAUUUUGGCUGGCAGCUUCAAUUUUCCGGCAACAAACGCAUACCUUUUCCGGAACUUUGGCCACAAACUGGUCGAAAAUUUUAAAGUUCUUUCGAAGAGGCUGAAGUUUUCCGAGGUUUCAAGCUCCCGUUUUGUAUCUUUUCCCCCAAAUAUCGCGUAUCACGACAUUCUCCGGCGUUGUAUAUCUUUUCCAGCAUUAUUUGACAGGGAAGUUUAGAUUUUCCGAACUUGGCGGGAAUCUUGUCCGAAUCAUUAAAGUUAUUGUAGAAAAGGCCGGAGUUUCGAUAUCCGUUGAAAAUUGUUUUUUUAAAAAAAGAGGUUGAAGAGCUUUGAAAUCGCUAAAUUUCCGGCGAUUUUAGUAAGUAAAAGUGGCUGGAAAAUAGGAGAUUUAUGAAGAGGAUUUUACCUGGCAAAAAAAAAACCAGGAGCAAAGAUUUAGAGUGUGAAUUGCUGGUGAACUUGUGUUUUCAAUCGCUGGAAAAAUCAUACAGAGUUAGCGAAAGGGUUGUUAAGAAACUCAAAAUUUGGGAGGAAGAUUUGGCUCCAAACGCUGUAUCAAACGGAUGAAAUAAACAGAGGAAGUUGCUGUCUUUCCAUUGAAUUCAAAAAAUUUGUGCAAACACUUAGGAAGUUAAUUGUUUGUUCAAGGAGUAAUUCAUAGACAAAAUAUUGUUGGUGUUGAUUUUUUAUUUUGGAUUCCACAAACUUUAAGUGAAGAAGAUCAACGGCACUGUGUUAUUGCUAGACAAUGGCUCAAACUGAGAACAUAUGGAGGAGAUCCAGAUAUUUUGCAGUGAUUCUUUUUGGGUUUCUGUUGGUUUCGUUAUUUGUAUCAGCUGAGCGGAAUCUGGUACACAGGACCCCUGAAAAAGAAGAAAUGCAUGGUAAUCUUGCUCUGAAACUUAUCGAUUUCUUAUGGCAACAGAACGUGACGAAUUACGAGCAUGUUUGGCCUGAGAUGGAUUUUGGGUGGAGAAUUAUUCUGGGUAGUAUUAUUGGAUUCUUUGGAGCGGCAUUUGGGAGUAUAGGAGGUGUUGGUGGAGGAGGAAUAUUUGUUCCCAUGCUGACCUUGAUAAUCGGCUUUGAUGCAAAAUCUUCAACAGCUAUAUCAAAAUGUAUGAUCAUGGGUGCAGCUGGAUCAACUGUUUAUUACAAUCUUAAGCUCAGACACCCCACAUUAGACGUGCCCAUUAUAGACUAUGACUUGGCCUUGCUUUUCCAGCCAAUGCUUAUGUUGGGAAUUAGCAUUGGAGUAGCCUUCAAUGUGAUUUUUGCGGACUGGAUGGUCACUGUUCUCCUGAUCAUUCUUUUCUUUGGAAUAUCAACAAAAGCUUUCAUGAAAGGUGUCGAAACAUGGAAGAAGGAGACUACACUUAAGAAGGAAGCAGCUGAACAUCUGGAGAGUUCAAAAUCGAAUGUUCUUGCUUCAGGAGGUGAGGAAGUAGAGUACACGCCUCUUCCAAGUGGUCCAGACAAUGGCAGUGCACAAUCCAAUGCUUCAAGAGAUGCAGAGGUGUCUGUAAUUGAGAAUGUUUACUGGAAGGAACUCGGCCUCCUCGUCUUUGUCUGGGUUGCCUUCCUUGUCUUGCAAAUUAUGAAGACUAAUACUACAACUUGCUCGGUAGAGUACUGGGUUUUGAACUUCUUACAGUACGAAUGGAUGGUGGAUGCCCCUUUGCUGCACCAUACACCAUACAAUGUCCCUAUUGCUAUGGGUGUUAGCUUGUAUGAAGCCGUUAGCUUAUACAAAGGAUGGAGAGUGAUUGCUUCAAAUGGGGAUGCAGGGACAAACUGGAAAAUCCACCAGCUGGUUCUUUACUGCUUCUGUGGAAUACUGGCUGGUAUUGUUGGUGGGCUCCUUGGGGUUGGAGGAGGCUCCAUAUUGGGGCCAAUUUUCUUGGAAUUAGGCGUCCCACCUCAGGUUUCUAGUGCUACUGCAACCUUUGCGAUGAUAUUCUCCUCGUCCAUGUCGGUUGUCGAAUAUUACCUUCUAAAGCGGUUUCCUGUCCCUUAUGCUGCCUACUUUGUUCUUGUGGCUGCUGUGGCCGCCUUUGUGGGUCAGCAUGUUGUGAGGAAGAUAAUUAUUUUGUUAGGGAGGGCUUCCUUGAUUAUAUUCAUUCUCUCAUUUGUGAUCUUUAUGAGUACAAUCACACUAGGUUUCAUACUAUUUCAAAAGCCAAGUGUCAAUGUUAUUGUGAUCUUCAGAAGUCCUGUUCUGCAGGAAGUAGGAUAUACAGAUGGGGAUGUAUUUAUCAAACGAGUUGUUGCCAAGGAAGGGGAUACUGUGGAGGUGGCUUCCUUGUCGACAUACCUUUCUCAGCCUUUUGGCUAAGAUCAAGUUUAGUGGAUCUCCUCAAAAAUACAUGCAGUACUUGCUAGCCUACUUAAUGAGAUUGUCGAGUGACAUAUUAUCAUAAAACUAGAACUUGACCAAUUCAUGUUUUGUUUAUGUUGUUGCAGGUUCAUGGUGGAAAGCUUAUAGUUAAUGGAGUAGAGCAAAAUGAAGAUUUCAUUCUUGAGCCACCCACUUAUGACAUGAACCCAGUAGAAUGCUUUCAUCAAAUUUUCCUUGAAAUAACACUGUUACUAAACUCCUUUUUUUAGGGAUACAGUAUGGAGAGAGCAUUGAAAGUACUACUGUUUUCCUUGUAUCAUUCCCACAUAGAAAAGUCCAUUCUGAUUGUAACUAUUGGGGAAAGCCAAAAAAAAAAAAAAAAAA